CGAAACUGUUCGCCCCUGUGAGACAGCAAAAGCCUAAACAUAUAAACAAGCACAUCUCCGUUUCAUUUGACACUUCAGUCUUAGCAAGCAUAUCUCUGAAUCACUGUCCCACCUCUCCCUGCACGACCCACACGAAGCUCAGAAUUCAAUUGUUUUUCUUCACCAUGCAGCUCCAAAGCAUCUGCGCCCUCCUCGCCCUCCAAGCGGCCAGUGCAUUGGCAGCUCCCGCCGUCGCGGUCGGUUCUGACCUUCAAGCUCGCGACACGGCCUCCGAAAACUCGUAUGGGUUCAUCAUCGACUCCACCAAUGAAAAGCGUGACACCGCGUCCGAGAACUCCUACGGGUUCGUCAUCGGGCCCCCGCCCACUGAUGAGAAGCGAGAUAGCGCUGGCGAGGACUCAUACGGCUUCAUCAUCGGGUCAAUCGGAGAGAAGCGUGGAGUUGCUGCCGAAGACAAGAGGGAUAUUGCUGGUGAGGGCUCCUAAGGGUUUAUCAUUGGAUCGUAAACGAUGGCACGCAUGGUGAGUGACUCGACAUGAGCCAACUUCAAGUAACUUAUUUGCAUGGCUGACACUUCAAAGAGGGAACGGCUGGAAGUCAUAAAGGGCUGUUUAGAAAAACACUUACCGUGG